UGCGCGCUACCGACGUCCUCCCAGUGAAGCGCGUGCUCCCGGACCCAGUGCAACUGCCUAUUUGUGUUGUGUGUUCGAGUGAGAGAGAGGUCCGUGACAGAGCGACAGACUGCGAGUGGAGCUGUGGGGAAAGAAACUAAAUUAAAUAAUUUUCUCAAUGACUAGAGAUGCAAUAUGUCCAUUCCGGCUUCUACAUCUGCCUUGAACAACACCAUAAAUUAGGGUACUAGACUCAAGAAGAAACCGUCUAAAUUCAAAGUUUGGACUAUCACAUACCUCAGUUUCCAUCAGUCACUUCCAGGAAAGCCUGAGAAAGUCUGCUGUCAAGCUCGCCGUCUUUGCAACGGAAACUUGAAGUUUAUUUCCCUUCAAAAAUAGGUGAUCUCUGCGAGCCCUCCCUACCUGGCCCGGUCUCUGCCCCCCUCUCAUUCCACCUCAGGCCUCCUGCAGGACUGCAGUCAUGGCUCUCUCCUCCCCUCCUCUUCUGCUCCUCCUCGUGGUGCUCCUCUCCGCCCUGCCUCCCCUCUGCUCUCCGGAGUCCCAGCCCGGGACUGAGGCCUUCUACCCCAGCUUCCUGCCCUCCGUCUAUCCCACGUCCUACUCCAACCUGUCCGAUGGGACCCCUGACAAGUGCCUAACGGUGGUCCAGUGCAGGAAGGGCAUCCUGCUCCCUGUGUGGGAGCCCGUCAACCCCGGCCUGGGGGACAAGAUCGCACGCGCUGUUGUCUACUUUGUGUCCCUCAUGUACAUUUUCCUGGGCGUGUCCAUUAUCGCUGACCGCUUCAUGGCUUCCAUUGAGGUCAUUACUUCACAGGAGAAGGAGGUGACCAUCACCAUGCCGAAUGGGGAGACAUCUGUGGCUACGGUGCGCAUCUGGAACGAGACGGUCUCCAACCUCACGCUCAUGGCCCUGGGCUCCUCUGCCCCUGAAAUCCUGCUGUCUGUCAUCGAGGUGUGUGGGCAUGGUUUUGUGUCUGGGGAGCUGGGCCCUGGCACCAUUGUUGGCAGUGCGGCCUUCAACAUGUUUGUGAUCAUCGCCAUCUGCGUGUGGGUCAUCCCAGAAGGGGAAUCGCGGAAGAUCAAGCACCUGCGUGUGUUCUUCGUCACCGCUUUCUGGAGCAUCUUUGCCUACAUCUGGCUGUACCUUAUCCUGUCCGUCAUCACGCCAGGAGUGGUGGAGGUUUGGGAGGCCGUGGUCACUCUCCUCUACUUCCCUGUGUGUGUGAUCCUUGCCUGGAUCGCCGACCGCCGUCUCCUCUUUUACAAGUACAUGUCCAAGCGUUACCGGGCCGACAAGCGGCAUGGCAUUGUGGUGGAGACGGAGGGAGAGAUGACCCCAAAGGGCAUGGAGGGCAUGAUCAUGGACGGCAAGUUCCCCCAUCAUGGGGGGGCAGUGGGGCCGGCAGAAAACACCCAGGAGGGCAUCAACAACACCACAGGCACCGGCACCACCCUGCCCAACUCCAACAGCACCACCGUCACCGUGGAGAACACCAAGGAGCUAGACGAGAGUCGCAAAGAGGUCAUCCGCAUCCUGAAGGACCUGAAGCAGAAGUACCCAGACAAGGAGCUGGACCAGCUGGUGGAGCUGGCCAACUACUAUGCUCUGUUGCACCAACAGAAGAGUCGUGCGUUUUACCGUGUUCAGGCCACACGCAUGAUGAUUGGCGCUGGCAACGUGCUGAAGAAGCAUGCCGCCGACCACGCCAAGCGAACGGCCAUUGCGGAGGAGGGCGAGGACACAGGUGAGGAGGAUGACCUGGCCAUCUGCAGCCGCCUGGCUUUCGAGAGUGCCCACUACCAGUGCAUGGAGAACUGUGGCGUACUGAAGCUGGCCGUGGUGUGCCAGGGUGGCGCCGGGGAGAGCACCUUCUAUGUGGACUACCGCACUGAGGACGGCUCGGCCAACGCUGGCUCUGACUACGAAUACGGCGAGGGCACAGUGGUGUUCAAGCCUGGAGACACCCGGAAGGAGAUCCAGGUUGGCAUCAUUGACGACGACAUCUUUGAGGAGGACGAGCACUUCUUUGUCCGCCUGCUGAACCUGCGGGUGGGGGAUGCAGAGGGCAUGUUUGAGAGUGACGAGGUCGGCGCAGCUCCAAAGGGACGACUGGUUGAGCCUCUGGUUGCCACAGUGACCAUCCUGGAUGAUGACCAUGCCGGCAUUUUCACCUUCGGCGAGCGGCUGCUGCGCGUGAGUGAGAGCGUGGGCACCAUGGAGGUGACGGUGGUGCGGAACUCGGGCGCCCGGGGCACGGUCAUCCUUCCCUACCACACAGAAGCAGGCAGUGCCAAGGGGGACGGUGUGGACUACGAGGACGUGAGAGGAGAACUAGAGUUUGUCAACGAUCAAACCACUCAGACAAUUCAAGUGCGCAUCACUGAUGAUGAGGAAUAUGAAAAGCAUGAGAAUUUCUUUAUUGUGCUGGAUGAACCACGCUGGCUGAAGAGGGGCAUCUCAGCUUUGCUACUCAACCAAGAGGAUCCAGAGGGGCAGAUGAGUGCGGAGGAAGAGGAAGCCAGGCGCAUAGCUGAGAUGGGGAAGCCCAUCUUGGGGGAACACAGUCGGUUGGAGGUGGUCAUAGAAGAGUCCUAUGAGUUCAAGAGCACUGUGGACAAACUCAUUAAGAAGACCAACCUGGCCCUAGUGAUUGGCACACACUCUUGGAGGGAGCAAUUUAUUGAGGCAGUGACCGUCAGCGCAGGUGAUGGAGAUGAGGAGGAUGAUGAAGGUCGUGAAGAGCGCCUGCCCUCCUGUUCCGACUAUGUCAUGCACUUCUUGACUGUGUUCUGGAAGGUUCUCUUUGCCUGUGUGCCGCCAACUGAGUACUGGAAUGGUUGGGCCUGCUUCGUUGUCUCCAUCAGUGUUAUUGGCUUCCUUACUGCCAUCAUCGGGGACUUGGCCUCCCACUUCGGCUGCACUGUGGGCCUGCGGGACACCGUCACUGCCGUGGUGUUUGUGGCCUUGGGCACCUCAUUACCAGACACAUUUGCCAGUAAGGUGGCAGCCACACAGGAUCAGUAUGCUGAUGCAUCUGUGGGCAAUGUGACGGGCAGCAAUGCUGUGAACGUGUUCCUGGGUAUCGGCGUGGCAUGGUCAGUGGCAGCUGUCUACUGGAAUGUGAAGGGGCAGCAAUUCAAGGUGGAUCCAGGCUCCCUGGCCUUCUCCGUCACGCUCUUUACCAUCUUCGCUUUCAUUGCCAUGGGCGUGCUGCUGUUCCGCCGCCGGCCCUCCAUCGGGGGCGAGCUCGGGGGGGCGCGGGUCCCUCGCAUGCUCACCUGCCUCCUCUUCCUGUCUCUCUGGCUCCUCUACAUCCUCUUCUCCAGCCUGGAGGCCUACUGCCACAUCCAGGGCUUCUAACAUGGGAGGAGGGGCAGGAAGGGCCACAGCAUGCGGUUCAAACCCAAACAGGCAUCCACAUCCACAUCUCCACACUUCUAUAGCACUCCAUAACCACGCACACACACACACACACACACACACACACACACACACACAUGCGCGCGCGCGCACACACACACACACACACACACAGGCUUAUCACUGGGCCCAGUAUCCUGUUCCUUGUUAAGACAUGACACCAUUGAUUGAAGGACACCAUUACAGACGUGCAGAUCUACACCAACAUACAUGCAAACGUGCAAAGGCCUUCAGGAAGCUUUUCAAACAGGAAACUACACCUUCAACAAGCUUCGCUGGCUAUGCCAGGAAGAAUUCAGACUUUAAAUCAAUCCGUCCCAUUAGUUUAUGACACCCAAGCCUGCACCAGUCAACAAAGGUCACAGAAGGAGAGAAGUAAGACAAUGGAAGUAAGACAGAACGGAAUGCAGAAAGACGAGAGUAAGAAAAACAGCUGUUGACAGAAUACAGAAUGUAGUGCCAGUAAGGAGGGUAUGGACAGUGGGGGAAUCAUGUAGGUAGGGAAAGAAAGGUCAGAAUGGAUAGAGGAACUACUUUGAGCACGGCAACCUGCUCAUCCUGCCUUGAAUUUCAACUGUCUUGCUCAUGACCUGUGGGUACAAAACUAUAGGUCUCUGUGCAGUACAUGUGGAAGAUGAUGUUCUCCAGUGGGAUUUGUAAGAGGAAGCAAACGAAGAAGCUCCCUUCAAGUAAAUGUGUGUAGGAUGGUGCAAGUGGGGCAUCCUUCAACUUUAUGGAAACGGUUCAUCACCCAGUUACAGCAGGGAGGAAGGAGCCAAGGUGUCAUAUUUAGUAACAACUGGAUGGCCUAAGGGAGAAAAAAGAGAAAAGACUAUAAUCACAGAUAAAGAUAUUCAAGACAGAAGGAUGAAAUCAUGGUGUGGCUAGAGCUUGGCCUAAGCAGUUUGUCCAUGUAAAUACAUAUCUCCAGAUCAUUUAUCUUCACUGAUGGAUGAACUGAUAAGCCAGUCAUAGUUGGUUCAGGACAGGGAAGCAUUGUAUGUCUCCAGAAAUAAGAGAAAUGGAGUUUGGACCAUAUUGUCCCUUGGCAUUGCUGGGUCAUCUCCACGAGAAUGAAACAAGCUGUUAUGAAACUAUUCACAUACAUUUUCUAAAAGUUCCUCUGUUCUAACCAUGUUUCAGUUUCAGUAUUAACUUAUUUAUUUAUGUAUUUUUUUAUUUUAAUAUAACUACAAAAAUAUUUAUUUGUUAAGUUGGUAACUAGUCAUUAGGCUGUGUUGAGAUCCAGCUGAGAUUUUGGGUUGCUUCCCCCGCGGACGAGAAGGCUGCUUUGGUUCUCACACUGAGUGGCCCCUGCUGCCAAUCACCCAGCACAUCCCACACUUCCUGGUAACAGCAGAAAUGGCAAAGCCCCAUGAGGCAUAGUUUCCCAUUCCACACCACGGACCUCUGCGAUCACCAGGGUGGAGAUUUGACUAUCUUGCUGGCACAUUGGGGAUUGUAAAUAAAGCUUUUAUAUUUUACUGACUUGGUUUCCCAUCUGAGUGACUGCAACCCCACCCCCUAACCCCCCUGGACUUCUGCUCCAUCAAACCCUUUCAUCAUUUCACUCAACUCAUCACUGUUUCUGUUGUGUUGAUGUUGUUUUUUAUCUUAUCUUUAGCCACUUUAAACACUGUGUGAUGCAUACAGCCACAUCAUACCAUUAUCUUAAUUUUUCUUUUCAGAAGUAAAGCUAGCUUUUUUAUUUUUCAGUAUGGACAACACUUCUUCAAAUUGUCUCCAGGCAGAGAAGAGAGAGCCCAAUAGGUCCUGCUGUGAAAUUUAGUGGCAUUGUCCUCUUCACAGACCAAUGAGUAAUGUUGGAUCUGCAUUUGUGCUGAGUUUUACAUGUUGUUUGCCUGUCAAGUGAUAAUUGUUUAUGUUUGUAGAAACCUGUGGAUUUGUGACAUGUGUCUGUGGAACAGCCCCUACAUGGCAUGGGCUGAUGCUUAAUUGUGACGUGGGUGGAAAUGCAUGAUAUACAGUGGCAGCAAUGUAAUGGCAUGGUUUACCUAUAAAAGCAUGCAUUGGUGGUGAUACAAGAAGAGACAGUGUUCAUAUUUAUUAAAAGGAAGUAGUUUGAGGAUCAAAGUGUCUCCAAUUAACUAACUCUCCUGAAUUCUUCAGCCAAUAUGGUACUGAUUCAUAUGGUAUAUACCUACUGUACUUAUGUUGGUAUUGAUAUGUUUCAAUUUUCAAUUCAAUUUGUUGUAGAUCAAACAAUUGGCUUACCAUUCCAUCCCAAAUCUAGUUUGACUGGUCUGCCAUAAACAAUUUGUCUAGACUAUACUGUCUAGACUGAAAGCUCUGCAGUAAUUAUGCAGGUUUCACACCUUUUCCCCUGACGUGCUCUGAGUGGAAUACAAGCUCCUGGGUGUGUAAGGUUAUGGCAUUAGCCACUUAUUGCUGGCCAUGCCUGUAGAUGAGGAGUAAGUUGGUUUUUUUUUUUUGCAGGGAACAAACGUGGACUCAUUCUAUUCUACAUUGCUCAUUUGAAAUGGAUAGGCCUUGUUCAUAACUACUAAAAACAUUCACAUUGCUUCUAAUUCACUCAAAGAGACUGUUAAGUAGUGUUGUGUAAUAUACAAUAUACCUUUUUUCCAAACUUACCCAGAUACUGCCUUAAGAAGAUUCAAAUAAUUUAUUUUAAGGUAAAUUAUAUGUUGGCCGUCUUGCGUCAUAGAGUUUUUUUUUUUGUAUGUUUUUUUGUUUGCUGUUUAGUAGUUUUAUGUUUUGAGAAUACUAGACACCAAAAUGAUUGAGAGCUAAUGUGCAAUAUGAUUUCCCUGCUAAAGAAUAGCAGACAAAGCAGAACACUAGUUACUGACCCUUUUAACGCUGUAUUAAGGGGUGUUCAUUAUGGGCUGUCGGAAAUACAUGAUUCCUAAAUCCUUUUUGUACUUCAGAGAUAGAGAUUCAGCAAGUGUCACUUGAAUGACUUCAUGAACUGAACAAAUUAGUCCAGUUUUCACUCUGUAAUUCCAUUUGGUUGAUUAACCUAGUAGUCAUGUACAUUUCAAAUCAGGCAUAUUUUGGUGGCAUCAUGGUGAAGAAUCUAUGGUUAAUUCUCAGUAUUGAAACAAAAUGUUUAAUAGGAUAUUACUAGAUAUUCUUAGUGCUAUAUGAUAUCUGAAAUAAACUGUUGCUGUAACUGUUGACAAGGCACUAAAGAUGUUGCCUCAUGAAGGGCAUGACGUGUAUGGUAUGGAAUGAGUUAAGUGCCCUUUAGAGGUUGUGCAAGACUCCUCUCUAUGGUCAGGAAACAUAACCGUUUAUGGCAUGUGCGGCCAUACCACUUGAAAUCAUUUAGGAGUGAGAGAUGUGAACUUUGUCUGUUAUUUAUAGAAAUAUUUGUACACUGUUUCAGCUUCAGUGAAUUCUUUAAGAGACAUUACAUUUCUGAGACAUGCUUGACCAACAUAUGACACAUGCAGAUAGUACAGAGGUCACAAGCACCACCACAGUGGAACCAGCUUCUUAUAUGGCUUAUUUUCAUUUAUUUGUCCACUAGCAAACUUGAUAAAAUGUGUUUUUUUUUUAUUUUUAUUUGUAACAGGUUGUAGCUUCACAACAGGCUGUUACCCUCAGAGAUUUUCAUUGGUGCACAUAUUUUUGAUAGUUUUCCACUGGAAACCUCAAAGUAAUUCACAACAAAAAUGAUAUAUAGUUAAUGGUAACUACAGCCUAAUUUGUAUUGUCAUUUACACAGUAUCCGACUUAGUCGGUUCAAUUUGUAGCCUUUUAUUCAUUGCUUAACUGUUAUCUUUGAUAAACUCAAACAAUUUCACAAUUAAUUCUUUCUUGCUGUCUUUUUGUCUAACAAUGAAAAUCAAUACACUAUUUCAACGAUUUCAGUCAGCUUAAAGUACAUCUCUGACAUGAGGAAUGUAUUGAAAAGAGUACAUUCUCUGAGAAGUUGCCAAUCAAUGUCCACUUAGUCUUCUUUACUUCCUGUUAAGCCAAGAAUACUGGCAUUGACAAGUGCACGAAACAUUGCCAUCUACUUAGUUUAUGUGUUUUCAGGUUGCUGGAGUGUGGAGUGUGGAAUGUGGAUGUGGAGUACUCCAGAGUAGAAGUGGAACAACAACCUUUUGUUCACCACUGCUUGUGUAGCAUCAGUGUUCGUGAGACUACUUUCCACUGUUUGUACAUGUAAUGUGCAUGAACUCUCUGUUGAUUUGUGCGCAUGACCUGUUGCUAUGUCUAGGUUUACAAUCCAAAAUCUGGUCUUUCCUUCAGAUUGAUGGCUCCUCUCGUUCAGGGUGUGUCCUGUGAAACCACUGGAUAUUGUCAGUGGUCUGAUAGCUGAUGGGCCAGUUUAUUGUUGUUCAAAUAAAUGUCUGUAGUUAAUUUAACAACUACUGCACUUUUACAAAAGCUGGUUAAGUGACUUGUCAACCAUUUAUUUGUAGACUGAAAUAUGAGGUUGUCUAUGUCUGUCUUUGUGUUGGGGUGCCCUGCCUCUUGUAUUGCUCACCUGUGGAAUUUCUGUGAAACUUAUGUGGUUAUUUCUCUCUGCCUGAAUGUUCUAAUGAUGACUGAAUAAGACAAAAUGUAAAAAUAUAAAAUAUAUCAUAUAAAUAUAUACAGAAAAUUCAAAAUUUUUCAAAUGAAACAGAAUUGCUGAAAUAGAGGAUGAUUAUUGUUUUUGCAAACAUGGCAUGAUGUGUAUUGUGUCUAAGAACUCCAGUUGAUCUUAAUGAAUAUAGUUAAUUUAUUUUCAA